UCCAGGUAUCCAUAGCAACAAUGGCUGAGACAAAAAGCCCUCAACCAAUCAAAGAAGAGCGUGUUGAACUGUGGAUCGUUCAGGAUGGAGGGCGGCUCGUAGUGAAGCAGGAGACCAAGGCCUCUCUGGAGAACCCUGCAUGUGAAAUACUCCACCAUGGACCAGAGCAGAUCCUGCAGAUUAAAGAGGAACCAGAACCUGUGCAGAUUAAAGAUCAAUCAGAACCUGUGCAGAUUAAAGAAGAACCAGAACCUGUGCAGAUUAAAGAGGAGCAGGUGGAUCUCUAUGGUGAUUGGGUUAAAGGUCACCUUGUAGUGAAGCUGGAGCCUGAAACCUUCAUUGUGACUCAAACUACAGAGCAAAAAGACGACCAUGAACCAAACCAGAACCAGAUCCUCUCUGCAAACCAACCUGAGGCUGAGAACCAGCAUCACCAUCGAAGAAUCCAGGAAGAUGUAGAUCUGGAACCGGAGGACACCAGAAGCCACUGGGACAAUAUGGACGAUUCACCACUGAGACAUGAAACAGGUGAAACAACUUCCUCCUGUGACAGUGAUGAUGAUGAAUUUUUGGCUCUUCACUUGGGUAGGAAGCCUUUGUCAUGUUCAAAGCGUGGAAAAUAUUCAGCUCUCUCUUCCAGAAAAAACAAUCACAGGAAAAGGCGCCGCGGCGAUCAACGCUAUUCUUGCGAAGUGUGUCAUAAAUUCUUCACUCUAAAAUCCAGCUUAGUUUGCCACCUUCGAAUUCACACAGGUGAGAAACCCUUUCCUUGUAAACUGUGUGAGAAAUCUUUCAAACAGCGAGGUACCCUGACUAUUCACCUGAGAACUCACACAGGUGAGAAACCUUACUCAUGUGUAACUUGUGGCAAACGUUUCAUCUCAAAUUCUUCAUUAACUGCUCAUUGGAGAACUCACACAAGACUGAAGUUGUAUGUUUGUAAAUUAUGUGAUAAAUCUUUUAAACGUCAUGGAACCUUGGCUAUUCACCUUAAAACUCACAAGCAGGAUCCUUGUUAAAUUGAUAAAUCUGUUCGUCACCCAGGAACGUCAGACACACAAGCUGAUUUUGUGGAAAAUCAUCUAAAGUUGUAAUGUGACUCAAACAAGUGAGAUAAGAUCCAGUUUUAUCUAUAAACUGUAAUAAAUCUUUUGAAUUCA